UGGAACUCGAGGGAAAAAAACCUAUUACGACAACCUUGUACCUCCCCGUUCUCCCUUCUCUUUACAGGGACAAAACUUGUUGCAGAGGCAGUAAUAGCAGCUGCCCGGUAAAGUGGCAAGCAGGUACCAUGUUGUCUUCAUCAGGUCGUGCAGUGAGGAAGCUAUGCUCCUCUUCUUCUUGCACCGCCGCCUCUGUUGUCAGAAACCGUAACUUGUUGCUCAGAGAAAGAUACAUUUCCCCACUUGUAUCAUCAAAUUUAGCAAAAUAUUCGAAAACAACACAACCCAGAGCCAUUCCUUUCCUUUUCAAUAACUUUUCAUUAUAUUCUACAACAGCAGCAGCAUCAACCGCAGCAAUAACAUCAGCCUCAGCAGCAACAGCUAACAAUCAUUUGGAGGAGGCAUCACAACCAAACCUGAGUGAUGCAUAUUCUGCUAUAGAGCUUGCAUUAGAUUCAGUUGUCAAGAUUUUUACUGUUUCAAGUAGCCCCAAUUACUUCCUUCCAUGGCAAAAUAAGUCACAGCGUGAAACCAUGGGUUCUGGAUUUGUUAUUACUGGAAAAAAAAUUCUUACAAAUGCUCAUGUGGUGGCUGAUCAUACAUUUGUACUCGUAAGAAAGCACGGGUCUCCCACCAAAUACAGAGCUGAAGUUCAAGCUGUUGGUCAUGAAUGUGAUUUAGCUAUUCUAGUUGUUGAAAAUGAAGAAUUCUGGAAGGGUAUGAAUUUCUUGGAGCUAGGAGACAUCCCAUUUCUGCAGGAAGCUGUUGCAGUCGUCGGGUAUCCUCAAGGUGGGGACAACAUAUCUGUUACCAAAGGUGUUGUCUCCAGAGUUGAACCAACACAAUAUGUACACGGAGCAUCCCAGUUAAUGGCAAUACAGAUUGACGCUGCCAUAAAUCCUGGGAAUAGCGGUGGUCCAGCAAUAAUGGGAAAUAAAGUUGCCGGUGUGGCUUUCCAGAACCUAUCAGGUGCUGAAAAUAUUGGCUAUAUAAUUCCUGUUCCUGUAAUCAAGCAUUUUAUAAAUGGCGUGGAAGAAAGUGGAAAAUAUGUUGGAUUCUGCUCUAUGGGCCUAUCAUGCCAACCAACUGAAAAUGUUCAACUGAGAAAGCACUUUGGUAUGUGCCCUGAAAUGACAGGGGUACUUGUGAGCAAGAUUAAUCCGCUGUCAGAUGCACAUAGAGUCCUAAAAAAAGAUGAUAUUAUCCUUGCCUUUGAUGGAGUGCCUAUAGCUAACGAUGGAACAGUGCCUUUCCGAAACAGAGAGCGGAUAACUUUUGAUCACUUAGUGUCUAUGAAGAAACCCAAUGAAACAGCUUCAGUUAGACUUUUGAGGGGUGGUGAAGAGCAUGAAUUCAGUAUCACCCUUAGACCUUUGCAGCCCCUAGUUCCUGUUCAUCAAUUUGAUAAGCUUCCUAGUUAUUACAUUUUUGCUGGUCUGGUCUUUGUUCCACUAACACAACCAUACCUUCACGAGUAUGGAGAAGAAUGGUAUAAUACAUCACCUCGUCGAUUAUGUGAACGUGCAUUGAAGGAGCUGCCAAAAAAGGCUGACCAACAACUUAUCAUUCUUUCUCAGGUGCUCAUGGACGAUAUAAAUGCAGGGUAUGAGCGUCUUGCAGAACUACAGGUUAAGAAAGUCAAUGGAGUAGAAAUCGACAAUUUGAAGCACCUGUGCCAACUUGUCAGGGACUGUAGUUCAGAGAGCUUGAGGUUCGAUUUAGAUGAUGAUAGGGUAAUUGCGUUGAAUUAUCAGUCUGCAAAAGUAGCAACUUCCAGAAUUUUGAAACGUCACAGGAUACCUUCCGCCAUGUCCAGCGACCUUAGUGCUGAACAAAAUAUACCAGAAAGUGAGUCGGCCAGCUCAAGCUGAUUUUUUUUCGCGGCAUUUCAUGAUAAUGGAACAACCACAAACAUUUGUUGGCUUACACAAAAUUUUGGUCACAUAGUUUGGUAGUUAAUUAUUCGAUUCUCUCAAUAUCUAUUUCUAAAUCGAUAUAUGCCAUGGAUGAAUUUGAAAUUUA